AUGUGGCUUGGUAUUGUAACGCUGGCGACGGUGUACAACCUCUGGUCAACUAUACUGCGCCAGGCGUUCGCGGAAGAAGUUCAAGUCGGCCGGGCCUUGGUGUGGAUCAUUAUAGAUGGGCUGGCUGAUUUCAUCUACGUGAUGGACAUUGUGGUUCAGUUCAGAACCAGUUACCUGGAAAAGGGUCUGGUUGUGAAGAAUUCACGCAAAAUUGCUCAACACUACGUGUGGACGAAAGCCUUCUUUCUGGACUUUUUGGCUCUAUUGCCGUUGGAUCUUAUACAGCUGUUCAUCGGUGUACAACCGCUGCUGCGGUUUCCUCGCUUCCUAAAGUGUGGGCGUGCUUGGGACUGGAAGGUGAUGGUUGAAAAUCGCACCUCCUACCCCAAUGCCUGGCGAGUGUUUACCCUGAUACAUAUCCUCUUCCUGGGUUGCCACUGGUUUGCUUCCUUCUACUAUCUCAUUUCUGAGUACGAUGGAUUUGAGGAGGAUUGGGGUUACCCCGCUCCAAACACCCCCGUGCUGAGGUCCCUGAGUAUGAAAUACCUGCAGUCCUUCUACUGGGCCACCCUGACACUGACAACCAUCGGUGAUAUUAAUGCCCCAUCACAGACAAAUCAUCGUUGUUAUGUCCUCAUGAAGGCUACGCUGAAAUGCUUUGAAUCACUGAAUCGAAAUCCCUCUCUGAAAGGCCAGCGGAUUUUCGUCUGGAGUUUGAAUGAGUUUAUUGGUCGUGUUGGCUUGUUUCAACUGCUCACGAAGUACUCCUUCCAGGAAAUGGUAAUUGAAUGGUUAAUCCCUAAAUGA